ACCACAGCCGCAUUCAUGCUGAUUCUUUCCCCUUUUAGGAUUUACCUGGUGACGGUCAGCUCGGAGGUGGUAGGAGGGACCAAAGAGAAACUUUGUGCUCAGGUCCACCAAGCCACAGAGCCUCUGUCGUUGAAGGUGACGCUGGAGAUGGAGGGUGGCAGCAGCAUCAUUCUACUGGAGGAAGCUGUAACACAGGACUUCUAUCGCUGCAUCUCCUUCCAGGUACCCCCAGUGAAGGCUGAAAGUGUGGCCACUGUCCAUGUCAGCAUCAAGGGGAGGAAGGAUGAGAUGAGUAAUAAGACCAAGAUCCUUAUCAAGCCUGAAAGAUUCCUGACCAUUUUCCAGACAGACAAACCAGUCUACAAACCUGGACAGACAGUCAAGUUCCGAAUCGUCUCGCUGGAUGCCAGUUUCUUGACAUUCAAUCAGAUGUUUCUAACAGUGGAGCUUCAGGACCCAAACUCCAACCGCAUUGCUCAGUGGUUGAACCAGUCAACAGUGAGUGGAAUUCUGGACCUGUCCCACCCCAUGUCCGCAGAGGCAACACAAGGAAGUUACAUCAUCACUGCAUGGAAUGAGAAGGGAGAGCAAACCUCCCAAAACUUUGACAUCAAAGAAUAUGUUUUACCCAAAUAUGAGGUCAAAGUCUAUCUACCCCAAACCAUCACUAUUCUGGACAAACAAGCAACACUAAGAGUUUGUGGAAAAUACACUUAUGGAAAACCAGUGGUGGGGUCUGUCACGGCGAAAGUUUGCAGAAAUGUCAUUCAAUAUCACUGGUUAUAUGAUUCUAGUAAUAUCUGCGAGUUGUAUCUUAUGAAAACUGACAAAACUGGUUGUGCAACCCAAAUUAUUGACUUGACCCGGUUCCGUCUACGUGAAUCUUUUGGGGACUUCGAAGUGGAGACUGAGAUGGAGGAAUAUGGAACGGGGGUCAUCCUUAAAGGUAGUGGCAAGGCAAGCUUCACCAAUGUCAUCAUAACUGUCAGUUUUGAGGAGGUGCCCCAAGCAUAUAAACCAGGAAUUGCAUACGAGGGGAAGAUCAAAGUGACCGGUCCAGACUCUAGUCCCAUUCCCAAUGAGCCUGUGUAUCUCUUCCUACAAAACAGUGGCAAUUCUGAGAACUGGACUCUCACCACAGACAGCAAGGGCAUUGCUUCUUUCUCUCUAGACACUUCUCUAUGGAGUUCUGAUUCUGUCUCUCUGUCGGCUCGUUAUCAAAAGGUUGAGGAGGAUUAUCCGUACGAGCAGGGUGUGCGUAGACCUCUAUAUACAUCUGCUUACCAUUUCGCAUGGAAAUUUUAUUCCAAGAGCAAGAGCUUUGUGAAGAUAAUGCAGGGUGAAGGGAAGUUCUCCUGUGAGAAGGGCGGUAUUGUUCUUGCUCACUACAUCAUCCAAGGGGUGAAGCUGAAAAAGGGACAGACGACCCUGGACUUUUUCUAUCUGGUUAUAUCUAGAGGCAGCAUUCAGCAGCACGGCCGUCUUCCUGUGGCCAUUAAAGAAAGAAAAGUUAACCAAGGGCAGCUGAUGCUCUCGCUGCAGCGGAUGCCUGAGCUGACCCCUUUUGCCCAGGUGGUGGUGUACACCGUGUUGCCUGAUGGGGAGGCAGUAGCAGACAGCCGAGACUUCCCCAUUCACCUCUGCCUUAAAAACAAGGUGUCCCUGAAGUUCUCGUCCCUCCAGGAGUUGCCAGGGGAGAAGACCUCUCUGAGCCUCCAGGCCCACCCAGGGUCUCUGUGUUCUCUCAGGGCCAUCGACCAGAGUGUGCUGCUGCUGCAGCCUGAACAGGAGCUCAGCCUAGACUCUGUCUUCAGUCAGCUGCCUGUUCAGAAGUUGUCUGGAUAUUCAUACAGGGUAGCAGACCCCUACCCAUGCCUUCGAUAUCCUCCAAGAUUUGAAGAGGAGAUGAUGAUGAUGCGCCUUCCACCCGUACCAAAACUGGUCUGA